AUGGAGCCUCAAAGCAUACAAUCUUCGACUAGUACGAGAAAUAUAUCCAAAGAAAAAGAAGAUAAACAUUCUACUAAAAUACAAAAUCACUCAGAUAAUGAAAAUAAAAAACCUACAAAUGAACCUUAUGUAAAUACGCAACUACCACAACCAACAUCUCAAUCUCUACAGAAUUUCCAAAAUACGUCAACUCCGCAAGAACCAGAAUCUCCAAAACAACAAUUAUUGCCGCAACCUAAUCAAAUACCUCAAAAUGUACCAACACUACAAAAGACCCCCAUAUCAAAAGAAACACUAAAACAGAAACAAGAUCAAAAACCACAACUAAUAAAACCAUUACAAAUACCUCAACCAACACAAACUCAACCAAUACCGCAACUAACACAAAAUCAACAAAUACUUCAAGAAUUGCAAAAAUUUCAACCUUUAUUAAAGUCUACAAAAAGUAAAAAAAUACCUCAAUCAACACAAACUCAACAAAUGCCUCAACCAACACAAACUCCACAAAUACCGCAACCAGCACAAACUCAACAAAUACCGCAACCAACACAAACUCCACAAAUACCGCAGCCAACACAAACUCAACAAAUAACUCAACCAUCACAAAUUCAACAAAUACCUCAACCAACACAAACUCAACAAACACCUCAACCAACACAAACUCCACAAAUACCUCAACCAACACAAACUCAACAAAUACCACAACCAACACAAACUCAACAAAUACCUCAACCAACACAAACUCAACAAAUACCUCAACCAACACAAACUCAACAAAUACCUCAACCAACACAAACUCCACAAAUAUUUCAACCAAUACAAACACAAGCAAAUCAACAAGUAUCACAAAAAGAUGAAAUGCAUCAAGGUGAUCAAAAGAGACGAACGUCAUUAAUACAUCAACCAAGUCCAGCACAACAAAUUCCACAUAAUUUUGGAAAUACACGUAAAUUUAAUCUUAAUAAUUCAAAUGGGAAAAUAAAUGAAUCUCCUUUUACAGAAAUAUUGCAUAGCCCUGGUGAGUCAAGAAUACCUACUUCUAUGAAUCCAUAUAAAACGGGAGGUACUAUCUAUACAAAUACAAAUCCAUUUUAUACAAACGCACCGUCAGAUCCAUUUACUACUUUAUCCCCAAUGUCUACAUUUUCAUCCGCUGUAUAUAUGCAACAUCAACCAAUUUAUAUUGGAAACACAAAUGAAACUGUUACAUCUUCUGGAAUGAUUAGGCAUAAUCCUAAUUUAAAUGAUCCAUUUUCAAUGUUUCAGUUAGCAUUAGUGCUUCAAUCUAUUUUUAGACGUUAUUUUAAUGCCCCUUUUAUAAGAGAAAAUAGUAAACCUCAAUCAGAAGGAAAAAAUUUAAGGAUUCAAGUAUCGGAAUCACCAGAAUUAGAAACUCCAAGUAGAAAAGUAUUUGAUCCAUCAAAAGUAAAAGUUUUAAGUAUAAAUACAUCUGUGCCUUCAAAAGCAAAUAUCCCAAAUAAUCUAUCAUAUGAAUCAUCAGAUGGAGAAGUUUCAUCUUAUAAAGAAUCUGAACCAUCAGAUAUAGAAAUUGAAUUAUCAGAUGGAGAAACCUUAUGGAGUACAGGAUCUGAAUCACCAGAAAAAGAAGUUAUAAGGCGUCAAAAUUCUGAAUCACCAGAAACUGAAAUUGUAGCACGUCAAGAAAAUGAGUCACCAAAAACUGAAAUUGUAGGACGUCAAGAAAAUGAAUCACCAAAAACUGAAAUUGUAGGACGUCAAGAAAAUGAAUCACCAAAAACUGAAGCUUCAUCACAGCAAGAACAUAAAUUAUAA